AUGGCAAAUAAAAUUUCUACAGAAAUUUUGAUUAUGAUUCUGAAUAGUGUUCAAUCAUCUCAAGAUUUGCAUUCUUCAUUAUUAGUCAAUCGAAUUUGGUGUAAAGCUACUAUACCCAUACUUUGGGAAAUACCUUUUGGUCAAGAAUGUUAUAUGGGUUCUAAGAAGUUGAUAAAGAAAGCAUUAUGCAUUCGAACUUAUAUAUCAUGUAUGGAUACUCGAGCUAGAAAUUUACUUAUUCAAAAAGGAUUUGAUUUAUCAUCAUCACCAACUCAAACCACUUUUGAUUAUCCAUCAUUUACUCAUAAAUUUAUAAUUAAUAAUUUAGUUUAUUUCAUUUCCACAUAUUUACGAAAGAUUAUUGAUUAUCGAGUAGAUGAUGAGAGAAUAUUAUUUAAUGAGAUAUUUAAAUUAAUAAUAAAUUGUUGUACAUUUUUGGAUUAUUUUAAAUUAAAGAGAGUUCCCUUAAAUUUUUCUGAAGUUUUCCUAAAUUAUAGUGAAUUAAUUGGUUCGAUUCUCAAGUUACCUGGUGCUCUGAAAGUAUUUAAGAAACUAGAAAGUUUUACUUUGACAAUAGGAAUACAUGAUAAUCAGAUUGGAUCAUUAUAUGAAUCAUUAACAUUAAUUUGUGAUAAUAUUUUAAAUAUGGAUUUGGUAUUGAAUUGUUCUCAAGCGCAAGCGCAAUUAUUAGCAAAACUUAUUAGUGUUCAAAUACGUCAAAAUGAAACAUUGAAGAGACUUAGAUUAUGUUCAGUAAAUUUUUAUCAUUUCGAGUGUAAAUCAUCACCAAUUGGACAAUUUAUUUCACUUCAAGAGCUUUAUAUUGAAAAUUGUAAUGGGCUGCAUAAAUCGAAUAGUUUAUUCUUUGCUUCGUCAUUUACUCAAUUAAGUAGUUUUCAUUGUUUUCAUUCGAAUCAUGUAGAUAAUUGGUAUCCUCAAAAAUUUAUUAUAAAAAUUCUCGAAACUGCUAAUACAAAUUUAAAAAAUAUUCGCAUAGAAUUAUAUUGCACAAUUAACUUUGAUAUAUUUUCAGCAAUUUUAAAUUAUUGUACAAAGAUUACCAAAUUAACUGUUCAUUAUUUGUUUCCUGAACAAGUAAUAGCGAUAUUUAAUAAUAAUUUUAAUGAAUUAAGAAAUUUUUCAUUUGAUUGUGAAAAAAGAUUUGAUGCUAAUAAAUUGUUAUGUCAAAUGGCCGAAAAUGUACCAGAAUCACUUGAAAUUAUUGAAAUUAGAAUGGGAAGAUUUGCUGCUGAUAGUUUAAGAAAAUUUGUUGAAGGGUGGUGUUGUAAAGGAAGAGGAGGAAAUAAAAAGAUUAUUUUAAAACGUACAGAACAAGCGCGACUGUUUAAAUUAAGUGAUGAACAAUUUAAAGUUAUUGAAAAAUAUGGAGUUCAAAUUGAUAUAAAAGAAUAA